CGAUCUUGUUCUUCCAUCAUACCUUUUCAAUCCCAUCUAAUACUGCUCAAGUCCUCAUUCAUCUUACUACAAGACUAUACAUACUGUACCAUUCGACAUAUUUCAAUUGCUCCAUUUCUCCCAAUUCCCGAAUUCUAUUGCCAAACCAAUACACUAUUAAACAUCAAUCAUGUUCAAACAAAUCACAAUCAUCAACCGGAGCGCUCUCCGCCAGAGCAGCAGCAGCAACAUCAUCCAGCCCCUUCGGCAGACCCCCGCCGCCGCAGCCCUGAACCCUAAGACGCAACGAACCUUUCACUCCAUUCCCGCGCUCCGCACGUCCCAAGGUCAACGCAAAGAGAUGAAGUCCGGCGACCGAAACGUGUUGGACCCGCAGCCCUCGGAAUUUUCCAAGACCGGCACCGACCAGGAGGUCUCGCAGCACGACGCGGCCUUCGACCCCUCGAAGACCUCGCCGGAGAGCCAGAUCGAGGCGGCGCAGGAGGAGACCAACCAGAGCGGUAAAGUCAGCAACCCGCUGAACGUCAGCGGCGCGAACAAGGGCGUCAGCGAGGGGCGGGAUCCCACGGAGGGGGCCCCGGAGCGGAACGCGGAUCGGGAGGCGUCGAGCAAGCGAGGCCAGACGAAGAAGGGGAAGGAGGUGAAUGAUUGGAAUAAGAAGUAUUGAUAGAAGAGAGAUCUCUGUCAUACCUACUUUGUAAUAGAAGCGUGAUAUAAUUGCCUGUCAUCGAAUUGUUCUGGUUCUUGCGGCUGUAUGUGGUAACGAUAGUUGUAUUAAGAGAUAUAUAAUUGACUUGGAACUCCUAUCCC